AUGGAUGCUAUCCAGGUCCCAUGCACCCAGCGGCGUAUUGCAAACUUGGAUGAAGUUCUGAGAUUGGUUUUUGCCGAAGUCAAUGGGGUUGAGCUUUCCCAGCUCAAGUUUGGGCUAGGCCCUGCCCCUAUUCUUACUUCGGUUGCUGCCGUUGAAGUCAGCUUUGCUACUAUUCCCGAUGGUGAGUUGGAUGAAAGUGCCACUUCCAGGAAGAGGCUUCACAGGCCUUCUGCUGCCCCUGGACCCUCAAACGCUAGGGUGGGGUCCUUGGCCGAAGGAGCAGGUGAGGGAACUGAAGAGGAAAAAGCCCAGAUCCUGAGGAGCGGCCUCUUAGUACGUCCUCCUCCAACAACCUGGUCAGUCAUGGCUCGUCACUGA